AUGAAACUCGCCGUCACCUGUGCAAUGAACCAGAACAGAAGCAUGCAGACGCACGACUUGCUUGCAAAGAAGGGAAUUCCUGUCAAAUCAUUUGGCACGAAUCCCGUCAUAAAGCUUCCCGGCGAAACGAUGGACAAGCCCAAUGUGUAUAACUUCGGAGUGACAUACCAGCAGAUCUACGACGACCUGUGCAUGAAGAACGAAGACCACUACAGGGAGUCUGGGAUUCUGUAUCUAUUGGAAAGGAACAUGGGUGUAAAGGAAAGACCGGAGAACUUCUUCCAGAGGAGCGAGGACUUUGACCUGGUGAUAACGUGCGAGGAAAGGGUGUUUACCAGCAUAUUUGAGUACUAUGCAGAUGCACCUUCGUGCACACAGUGCUUUUUCAUGGUGAACUUCGACAUCCGGGACACGCCGUCCGACGCAAUUGCUGGGGCGCAGGAGAUACUUGAGUUUGUCGAGGAUGUCCUCGCAAAGGAGGAGGAGCGACUGGAAUAUGCAGUGGACUCGGCGCUGAGGAGAUAUUUUGAGAGGAAAGGGGUUAUGCUCCUGUUUACUGUUGUGAAUUUAUAG